AUGGCGGGUGAUUUUUGGAAUUCUGAUUAUGGAGAUUAUGGAUAUUGUCUUAGCUAUUUAAAUGCAAAUAGUUUAAAGAGGAAAUUGAAAUCCUUUAUUACUACAUUUUUUGUUAUUGGUGGACAGAUAUUUAUCAUUGUUCAAAUCUUGAAAAAAUUAUCAUUGAAUUCGACAAUACCACUGGCAUUUUGUCUUGGGACUUUAAAGGUCCCCUGUGAAAAUGCGAAGGCUGAGGAGAUGGAUGCAACCUUUCAACUGACGGCAUAUGCCAUACUAGCUCAAGGGAAGGUAGAAAUGCCUUUGGAAGGAGUUGAAUAUAAAAAGCUCUUUCCAAACAACUAUGGAAUAGGCGGCACCUACAAAGUUAGUAACUUGCAACCUGGACGUGAAUAUAGAAUAAAGUUGAAGUAA